UUAGGGCUGUGAUAAUCAUAUUCUCCAUUGUUUUGGAAUAGCGCGGAUAAUCAAUAUGAUUUUCUUUCCGCCACCGAAGGAGGCGCACUCGAGGCAAAAGCCAGGGACUUUGCAGGGACCAAUCAAAUGGCUUGGGGGCGCGGUUUUCCCCUGGUCAUCCUAGGAGAAGAAAACUCGCUAGCGGAACUAUACAAGUUGACAGAGUGGACAGUGGGAGUGUUAUGUUUUGUUUUGUUUUGUUUUUCUGUGAAGACCAAAUGUGGAAAUUGUUUUUUUUUUUUUUUGUUUUUUUUUACGUCAACAUUUCUUGACCGUUGAAGUCUUGGGAGAGGGAGGGGAGUGAGGUUUCAUGCGCAGUUGUAAGCUGUCGUCAAGAGGUUGCCAAUAAUAGCGUUCCAUUCUAGUGACGUUUUGUUUAGCUAGCAGCUAAUAAGAUAAGGCAACGAAAAUUGUUACAUGGCACCCACUUUCCAAAACAUACAGCUCAGUUGGUCACAUAGUUUUGUAAUAUGAGCAGGUUGUUAUUGUUUAAUAAUGGCGCUGGUGAUGAGUGGAGUUUAUUUUGGAUUGUCCGAGUGCUGCGUUAGCUCAACAGCUAACGCUAGUAACGGUUUUUGGCAAACAGCUAACGCUAAUUGGCAAAUAAACUCAUCUUGUUGAUGCGAGCAAGCUCCUCGGUCUUUGCCACUCUUCUCUUUAGUAAAGUCUGUUGAUGAGCUUACGCUGUAUCCUGUGUUUUAUGCAUAAACAACCAUGUUUAUACGUAUCUACCCCCCAUUUAUAAUGCCUUUGCAGUAUGCACACCCGAGAAGAACAAGACCACCCAUCUGUGUGAGCCCUAGAUCCUCUUGCCCAGCCCAUAAUUUUGUUUUGUGUUGAAGUCAUGACUAAUGUCAACAUCACCAGAGAUAUCCUGCACAGGCAAAUCCAGGACAAGACGGUGUCAGGCUUUCAAAGGUUCUAUCAUGUGACUGAACCCUUCAUCAAGAAACUUGGGCUGGAAGCUGAGCUUCAGGGCCACACUGGCUGCGUGAACUGUUUGGAAUGGAAUGAACAUGGAGAUCUGCUGGCCUCGGGGUCGGAUGAUCAACAUGCUAUCAUCUGGGAUCCAUUCAGACUCAAGAAGGUUACUACUAUGCACACGGGGCAUGCAGCAAACAUAUUCUCUGUGAAGUUCCUCCCUCACUCCGGAGAUCGAAUUUUGGUGACCGGCGCCGCGGACACCAAGGUCCACGUGCAUGACCUGAUCGCCAAAGAAACCAUCCAUAUGUUUUCUGAUCAUACCAACAGGGUAAAACGCAUUGCCACAGCGCCAAUGUGGCCCAACACCUUCUGGAGUGCCGCGGAGGACGGCCUCAUCAGGCAAUAUGACUUGCGGGAGAGCAGUAAACACUCAGAGGUGCUGAUUGACCUGACAAAGUUCUGCGGUCAGAUGGUGGAAGCCAAGUGUUUGGCCGUCAACCCGCGGGACAACAAUUACAUGGCCGUCGGGGCCAACGGUCCCUUUGUGCGUCUUUAUGACAUCCGAAUGAUUCACAACUGUAGGAAAUCAAUAAGCCGCUUCAAGCCAUCUGCUGUGCGCACGUUCUUGGAAAAUCAGAUUCCCAUCCCAGAAAAAGCUGUGCAGUAUUACGUUGCAGGUCACCUGCCAAGAAAACUGCGAGACUACAAUAACCGCCUGAGGGUCUUGGUGGUCACUUAUGUCACUUUCAGUCCAGAUGGGACGGAGUUACUUGUCAAUAUGGGUGGGGAACAGGUGUAUCUGUUUGACCUGACAUGUAAGCAAACGCCAUACACUUUGCUGGUUCCACAAACAUGGCAGUCAUCACCAGAUUUGGAGGAUGGGAAGACGACCAAUGACGUCUCCAAUGGAAUUCAUUUGCCAGACAGCCAUAUUCGAUUUACCCAAAGCAAGAUGCAACCGAACGCCGCUGAUCUUCCUCCACAUUUGGAAAAGAUCAAACAGCAAGCGAACGAUGAGUUUGCCCAGCAGCAUUGGACGCAGGCCAUCCAGCUGUACAGUUCGGGAAUUUAUCAUUCCAGCAGCAACGCCGUGUUUUACGGAAACCGGGCCGCGGCCUACAUGAAGCGGAAAUGGGACGGAGAUGACUACGACGCACUCAAGGACUGUCUAAAGGCACUGACGCUAAACCCGGAACACCUAAAGGCUCAUUUUAGGCUUGCCCGGUGUCUCUUUGAGCUCAAAUACGUGUCUGAAGCGCAGGAUUGCCUCAGUGAUUUCAAAGGGAAGUUUCCGGAGCAGGCGCAAAGCAGUGCGUGUAGCGCAUUGGAUAAAGAUAUCAAGGCCUUCUUGAAGACACAAACGGAAGACGAUAUGGCGCCCAGCUAUAUCCGGAAUUCCCUGAGCUGGAACGAGCCCAUUCUUAAGGAUGAGUUGUGUUUUCGAGUGCAAAGCUUGGACUACAAGCACAGAUACUGCGGACACUGCAACACCACCACAGAUAUUAAAGAAGCCAACUUCUUUGGAAGCAAAGGCCAGUACAUCGUCAGCGGGUCAGACGACGGCUCGUUCUUUAUAUGGGAAAAGGAGACGACAAAUUUAGUGGGCAUCAUGCAGGGGGACAAGUCCAUAGUCAACUGCUUGCAGCCUCACCCCAGCUACUGCUUCCUGGCCUCGAGUGGUAUUGACCCGGUGGUUCGAUUAUGGAGCCCCAGACCAGAGACGGAGAGAGAAAACAGCAGACGCGUGGUGGAAGACAUGGAAGGCGCCGCGCAGGCCAACCAGCAGCGAAUGAACACGGACCCGCUGGAGGUUAUGCUGCACAAUAUGGGCUAUCCCAUCUCAGGGUUGCGCGCCGCGGGCCCAGACGGCUCCGAUGACGAGGACAGCUCGGACGGUCAAGUGCAAUGCAGGCCGAGCUAAGACGAGCCGACGGAACCAUUCCGGGGAACGGAAGGAGGAAGCGGAGCGCUGCGCCCGUUUCUCCACGGGGUCCUAAAAUUGCCCUCAUUUCCGAAAGAGACGUCACGCGUCAACACUAUGAAUUGCACUUUUCCCGCGAUGGCUGGUGGAGUCUGGCGUGUGAUUUGGACAUGCUAAUUUUGAGGAUAUCGUGAGCCAAGUAUUUGGUGACAACUGUUGUCUACCAUUCGUCCUUAGCUAAUCUUCUCUUAGAUGCCCACGAACUGAGCUCACGUUCACAAAUGCAAAAGUAGGCUUCCACUUCUUUUACUUUGGAGUUCCAGUCAGUUGUUUCUCGGAGUCACAUCUCUUGCUAAGAGAAAUAAACUUUGAAUAAUAAUAGCAAAAAAGAAGCUGGACUAGCUGGUCUGUGGCUCUUUUUUUUUUUCGUUUGUUUUUGUUUUUCACCCUAGCGAGAUGAAAGUAAUUGCAGUGGAAGAGUUACAAAACAGAUAUGCAGUACUGUUCAAAAAUAAAUGAGGUUAGCAGAGAUGUAAUAAAGGUGAGGACGAGGUAUGAACUUUCUAGAAUUCCACUCGUACAUCAGUGUCUGAGCCACGAUCUGCUUUUGCUGACUGAGGCGAUUUGUGUGCGCAGUAAAUCACUAUUAGCGCAACCAACGCGCUGUAUAUGGUCACGAAGGAGGUGACCCAGCUUACAGUGAUAAAACUGAAAAUCUGGAGCGGUUCAGGCUCAAUAUGUGUUUAAUAACAUGACAUGCUGAUUGUUUUAUUUACAAAUGUGCGUGAACGUGUUUUGCACUAACCGAUCAGAGGACUCCCGUGAUUGAAGAUUGGUGUAAAUAGAAUCUCAUUAAACAAGUACAGCAUUGGAA